UACGCCCGGGAGCUCUUUGUCCUUAGUGCCCUUGUUGGCUGGCGUAUGUCCUUGCUCGUGCCGCUUGUCCCAACCAAAGAUUCCACGUUGACGUUCCAUCCCUAUCGCAUUCGCAAUUAUCAGCAACCUUUCUCGCUUCAACCAAAAGACCUUAGCACAGAUAGGCGAUUUGAUCAGCGCCGUCUACAGAUUCUUCCUUUCAAAGAUACCCUUGUUUCACUUUUUCUACUUCGCUUGCGUGAUCACUUAGAGACUACCUUCGGCGUCAUCACCCUUUGUUUGCUGCGACAGUCGCAACGAUGCUCGUCUCUCUCACUGUCGGCAAGGUCGAUGCCGGCGUCACUGUCCUCUUGACACCGGACAAGCGCUUGAUCGAAUUCCCAUCUAUCCUCCUCCCUCCCAACAUCUCCUCAGGCAGCAUCGUCGACAUCAACGUUUCACAGAACGCGACCAAGGAAGCCGCCGCCGAUCGCGCAUUCCGUGCCCUCCAAGACAGUAUCUACAACUCAUUUGGUGCCUCUGAGCCAGCAACCCCAGUGCUGCGAUGCCGCAAUGCCACCCAAACCUCGGUCGUUCUUGAGUGGGAUCCUAUUCAGCUUGCUACCGCCGACCUUAUCUCUUUGAGUCUCUACCGAAAUGGCCAAAAGGCAGGAAAUAUCCCUCGCCCAUUACAGAUGCACAGCACAAAGAUUAGCGGCCUUGCUGUUGAUACAGAGUAUACCUUCCACCUGGUCCUGCGCACAAGCGCCGGCACCUUCAUCAGCGAGCGCGUCCCAGUGAGGACACACAAAAUGACGGACCUAAGAGGUAUUACCAUUACCACCGGGAUUCUGCCUAGUGCCAUCAAGGACAACUUGACAAGCGCGGUUGAGCGCAUCGGGGCCAAGAUUGUUGAUGGAGUCCGCAUUGACACGACGCAUUUUGUUACCACUGAGGGACGCGGGCAACAAUGGGAGAAAGCUGUCGAGAGCAACAUUCCCGUUGUACGUCCCGAGUGGGUUGAGGCUUGUGAGAAGAGUGGUCGCAUUCUGGGCGUCACCAAAUUCUAUCUGGAUGCUAUGAAGCCUGGCCCCCCAGCCGAGGAAGCUUCACCUCCGCCACCUCCAGAGAAGGAGGAGAAGAGCCUGCCCGUGCCACCUGCUCACAACGGUGAGCAGGCAUCUCAGUCGGAAGAGAAGCUGGACGAGAAGGUCAAAGAGAAAGAGGACGCGGAUGCACAGAAGAACGGCGGAAAACAGAGCUCUAGCGGUAGUAGCACUGAAGACGAAGAAGAAGAAGUCGAGGUUGAGCAAAAGACGAAGACGUUGCCACAGGAGGAACAAAAGGUGCGAUUCGAGGAUAAAGAGGAGCAGAAGGUUGCCCUACGACCAGCCCAUAAUGGAGAAUCAAGUAAACCCGAACAGGACGAUAAGCAAGACGCGUCAGAUGACGAAGCAGAGGAUGAGUCAAACGCGAAGACUGCACCUACACCAGAUGGGGCUUCCUUCCAAGAAGUAGAGCUAUAGACCAAGAGGUGCUGCAGUUAUGUGAUUGAGCUUGACUUUGUUCAAAAAGGUAGCCUGUUCAGGCAGUGAGUGGACAGCGGUCACUGUCUCAUGUAUGGGUAUGUAGGUCGGCAAGAUCUUGGGAAAAGGGCAAAGCAGAUACUGGUUUAAUAACAUAUUUUUCUUACGACCAACCUCAAGCUGCA